AUGGGCGAUAGCGAAGAGCGGUUCGAGGCGCAUCUGGAGUUCCGGGCGGAUUUCGAGGAUCGGUUUUGCAGAGCAAAAGGUUUGUUUCAUGAGUCAGCACAAGACCUCAAAACACUGGUUAAUGAUUUCCAGCGACACGUUAAGGCACUGGGGAAGUUAGGUGAACCGAUAGAUCAUUGGGACACUCUGCUCAUCUUCAUCCUGACGAAUAAACUGGAUUCGGCAACGAUUCGUGCAUGGGAGCAAGAUACACGACAGAAAGAUGAGGUGAAAUACGACGAGCUCAUCGAGUUUCUCAUCCAUCAGGUCCAGAUGGUGAAAUCCGUGGACAGCGAUCUCCAGCAUCGUUCUUCAGUGCCCUCCGUUUCCAAGGUGGCCGGACAAAUCCCGAAGAAACCAGUUCCCAUCCGAUCUGUCGUGAACACAGCUACGUUCGAAACUCAAUCCAGUACUUCGCCAUGCCACUGUUGUUUGAGAACACAUCCGCUUCACCUUCCGCUUUCGAAUCUGUCAAGCUCCCAACGGCGAGAGCUUGUGACAAAGCACAUUCUUUGCUGGAAUUGCUUCCGCGCGAAUCACCAGACUAGAACCUGUAAAUCUAAGUUCCUGUGUAGGAUUUGCCAAGCGAAGCACCAUACGAUGUUGCACGACCCAGCAGCACCACCGAAUGAGUUUUCUCCCUAG